GCGGUCCACAAAUUACAACAAAUUCACUUGGAGGAGUCGUGGUUCCAACAAAUUCCUAACUCUUCUUCUUCUUUGUCUGAUCACUCGCCAUCUUCAUCGUUUCCGAUUGGAUUUAUCUCAGAUUCAUCAAGUUUCUUCUUAACUACCGGGUAUAAAGAAUCAGUUGGUUUGCUGCUUCCUCUUUGCAGACCAUAACGGACUAUUGUGAAGGGUUUUGAGAAAUGGAAUCCAGAGGGAUGAAGACCGCAAAGGGCGUGUUGCAGAAUGAUGAAUUAUCACAUUAUAUCUUGGAGACUAGCGUGUAUCCGCGUGAACCGGCACCUCUCAAGGAGCUAAGGGAUGCCACUGCCAGCCACCCUCGGGCUGGUUUGGCUACUGCACCAGAUGCGGCGCAGUUACUAGGCAUGCUGUUGAAACUCAUAGGUGCAAAGAAGACAAUUGAAAUUGGAGUUUUCACAGGAUAUUCUCUUCUCCUCACUGCGCUUACAAUUCCUGAGGAUGGCAAGAUUGUGGCCAUAGAUAUAAAUCGUGAGACAUAUGAUCAAAUAGGCUUGCCUGUCAUAAAGAAAGCUGGUGUUGAGCACAAAAUUGACUUCAUUGAAUCCGAGGCUGUACCAGUUCUUGAUAAGCUAUUGGAAAAUCCCGAAAAUGAAGGCAGUUUCGACUUUGCCUAUGUGGAUGCCGACAAGUUAAACAAUUGGAAUUACCACGAGAGACUACUGAAGCUGGUGAAGGUGGGUGGCUUGGUUGUCUAUGACAACACUCUAUGCAGAGGAUCAGUUGCAUUGCCUGAUGAGUUAGUUCCAGAGCCGAGGAAACAACGCAGACAGCUAGCCAUUGAGCAUAACCAAUCACUUGCAGCAGAUCCUCGUAUCCAAAUCUCUCAUGCUUCUGUUGGUGAUGGGAUGAUGAUUUGUCGUCGAAUCAUGUAACCUUAUAUAUGUAGUAGCUUGCUCGGUCUAUAAAUAAAACUAUUCUGAGUGUGAAGUUAGUAAUGUACUACAUUGCUGUAAAAAGUUAGAUCUCAAUAAAUUAUCGAGAUUUUUACUCAGAUUUCAAACACC